AUGGAGCGGCGGCGCCAGGGCCUCUGCUUUAACUGCGAUGAGCCCUAUACGCCGAGCCAUGUCUGCCCGCGCCUCUUCUACUUGGAGACGGUCGACUACAUCGAGGAGGACGCCUCGUCCGACGGGGCCGACGCACUGCCACCCCCAGCGGCUGCUGAGACCGGACCCCUGGGUUCCCCGGCGACGGCCCUCGUGGUCUCUCUCCACGCGCUCGUGGGCAUCCGCGACGAGCGGACCAUGCUGUUGCCGGUGAUGAUCCACGGCGAGCGCUUGGUGGCCUUGGUGGACACAGGCUCCACCCAUAACUUCCUGCCCGAGGCUACCAUGCGGCGCUUAGCACUUCAGCCGACGGGCGGGGAGCAACUUCGCGUCACGGUGGCCAACGGUGAUCGUCUCCGGUGUCAUGGACUCGCCCGGGACGUCCCCAUCACCAUCGGCGACGAACACUUCUCUAUCACAUGUGCGGGCAUUAACUUGGGCUGCUUCGACUUCAUCCUUGGCGUCGACUUCCUUCGGACCCUCGGUCCCAUCCUUUGGGACUUCGACGCUCUGACGAUGACCUUCUGGCGACUGGGCCGCCGCAUCCGGUGGGACGGCAUUGGGGGCGCCGCCCCGGCGACGCCGUAG